GCAUUGCCCUCUAGGAUCAACAUGGAGGGGCAUGCAGUGGAAAACCUCAUCGACUUCGAUGUGCCUUCCAGCGCUAAAGGAACAGUGCCUUCUGCUGUUGGUCCUCCUGGCUUUUUCUCAGCGCAGCCCCUCAUUCCAGAGCCUGUGUCAGCUCUGGGUCUUCCCAAGCCCGUGUCUGCCACAGCGACUGCGGACGGGCCGGGGGAAGGGGCAGACGAAAGCGACGCCACAGGGUCUGCGGACAGCGAGAACGAGGCUUCUGAUUCGCCCUCACACCAGUCACAUUCCCGACGGUCGUCUUCCUCAUCCAGUCACAGCGCCGAGGAGGCGGACGAGGCAGAGAGGCGGGAAUUCAUGAAGGCCUACGUGGAGAAGCUGUUUCAUGGGAGGCAGGACUUCGACCAAGAAGAGAAAGCGCGCUUUGGUGAGCUGUGUGGUGGUGAAAAUGGGAAAGGCAGGGAGUGGUUCGCCAAAUACGUGAGCGUCCAGCGUUGCAACUCUAAGCGUGUGAGUGAGCAGACGUUUUACAGAUUGGUGCAGUCUUUCGCUGUCGUCCUGUUUGAGUGCUACCAGAUGGACGACUACAGCCCUGCUAAGCACUUGAUGACCAUGUGCUUCACCUACUAUUACGUCGGGAAGCUGCAGCUGUCCCCCACGGAACUCCUUGAGAAGCCGAGUGCAGGCAUCGACUCGUACCUGCGCAGCGGGAAGGUCUGGCUCUCGGGCACCAAGGACAUGGCGGAGAAGCUGCUGAGAAGCACCACGGCGAAGACCGACGUCAAGAGCUUCUUUGGAGGUUUGGAGAGCAGGCUGAGAGGCCCCUCCACCCACAAGAGCAAUGAUCCAGAGAGCCCAGCAGAAGGGAACCCUAACACACCAGCGUCUCCAACCAUGCCACCAGAGAAGAAGGGAGGAGAGAAGAUUUAUUUGUACACGCACCUCAAACAGCAGCCAAUCUGGCACACCCUGAGGUUCUGGAAUGCUGCUUUCUUCGAUGCUGUGCACUGUGAGAGGAAUAAGAGGUCCCCCACCACCAGGCGGACGGCUGAGGAGGAGAAAGACGAGAGGGAAAAGUGGUGUCACAUGACCCAGGAGGAGAAAGAAGACAGCUCCAGGAUUGAUGAAAACAUCACUUUUGGGCAGCUGGGAACCUUCACCCAUAAUAUGCUGGCCUUUGGGCUGAGUAAGAAACUGUGUAACGACUUUCUGAAGAAGCAGGCAGUUAUUGGGAACUUGAACGAAGACCAGUACAAGCUGCUGAGUGACCAUAUCGAACAGAUGGCCGUGGAGUGAGACCCAGUACCCGGUCGCCUCUCGCCAACAUCUAGUCCUGCCCCAUCAGCUUCCAGAGGCCUGCUCAGACACCCCUGCCCCUGCUGUGCAGUGGGUCAUCCAGCGUGGCGAUUUUUAGCAUGCACAUCAGCUUCCACUGGGUCAGCCGUACCGCUGACUGUUCUGUCUCACGCAAUAAACAUACCAUGUAUAUAAUACUCACCUAGUAACCAGCCGAUUCUACACACUGCUGUUCAGCUCAAAUGCAUAAAGUGUCCUUUUUACUCAAGGAAAAACUCUAAAUCCCAGCAUUCCUUCACCUUUGUGAUUUUUACUUCCUGGUUAUCCUCACCAGAUGAGUUCAUUUGUGUUGUUAGGCGCCUGGUACUCUGGCCCAGCAACUUUUUACGGAGAUUAACAUUUAUGGCUUUUUUCAUUGUUUUAGCCUUUCCUUUUUUCUCCUCCCAACUAGCUCUCUCCGUUUGUCCAAAACUUGAAAAUCUGUUGUGACCCCCUCUGCGGUCCUGCUGACCAUUUCCAAGUGGAUUCUAGUCCGUCGUUGUUUGAAAUAUUUCCUCCUGCACCAUGCAUGUGCAGAACAGUGUUAAUACCUAUGUGUGUGUGUGUGUGUGUGUGUGUGUGUGUGUGUGUGUGUGUGUGUGUGUGUGUGUGAGCCUCAUGAACACAGAUUGUUGUAGCUCUGUUCAAAGUGCCUAUAAAGAUUUCCCUCUCUGAACUGUCCCUCCGCAGAACUGGAGAUAUAAGCUCGUGUCCACAUGUUGUCCUCCUGUCUCCUGGACGGCAGCGAGUGAGUCAUUAGGAUUGCACUAAUCUAAUCUCCCUGCAUGUCCCCUCUUGCUCUGUGCGUUUGCGGUUUUGAAAAUGAGACGUUUGUGAUUAGAUGGGGGUCAUUGUGAGCAUGACUUUUUCUAUUUUCGUGUUGUGCAUUGUCAGGUGUUCAGUGAGCAUGUCUCAGUGGGAUGGUGAAUAGAGUUGUAGCGUAGUAAUCCUUUCAGCCAACAGAGGGCGAUCAAACCACUCCUUUUCUCCUGCUGAGCCGGGGAGGAGAGAGUGAGAGUCUGAGAAAGAUGUGUGAAACGGUUGGAGGAAGACUCCUCCAGGGUCGAUAAAGCAUAUAUUCAUAAAGUUAAUAUAUACAGUUUGUAAAUACAAAGUUUUUUUAAUCACGGAAUGUUAUAGUUUGUAUUGAAUUUGAUGCAGAUUUGCAACAUGGCUUGUCAACAGGGAUCACUGGAUUGUUAACUUUUAAUUUAUGCUGUGUGUAAGUGCUGUUUUAUGCUGUGUAUGUGAUGUUAUAUGGUGUGCAUCGACAUUUUAAGGACGUUUUCGUAGUAAAAUGUGUACUUUGUAAAUCGUGAUGUAAUUCUUAAUGUAGUGUAUUUCAUUGUGAAUGGAUUAUUCUCUCAGAAUUAUAUUUUCCCAAAGUGCCCUCAAAUUCCCCGCUGGAAUGUACCACUCAGAAUAUGUUACCCCGUCUACACUAUGAAUAUUAUAUUGUGUUUAUAAUAAAAUUAUUAUUUUUUAAA